AGUAAGCCCAUAGGCCGGAAGAAAAGUAGACAACAAUUAAAUAUAUUUUCGUAGUCAUACUAUAAUUGCCAGUAAUUAUCACCGAGCCGGUCAUUGAUCAGUUUUCAAAUCAAACCCAGCAAGGACGGGUCGCUUUGUACAGUUGUCCAGUCUUUUGUACAUUUUAUCAAAAUUUUACUGCUGACUUUUACGACAAAUUAGUUAAGUGUGAUAUUGACAAAGUAGAAUAGUAAUUGAUAAUUUUUAUAGUAAAAUAUAAUUUGAAGAUUUGAAAAAACAGUGGAAUAAAAAGUUUCUGUUGCCGUUGGUUUAAUAGCUGAAUAAUUAUAAGAAAUAUUAGUGAAAAAAAUGGCGCUAUCUAUGGCAAUAUCACUGAGCGGCUUUGAAUCGGAAAAUUUCAAGGAUCUCACGUCUUUGUUGAUGAGCAGAGUAAUAAUUGAUGAACCAAGACCUGAUACAAGAUUAUCAUCCGAAAGUGAUUCCGGUUGCAGCAGCAUGGGCAGCACGAAUCCAGUAUCAUCACGCGAGUCCUUAUCAUCACGGGAGUCAUUAUCAUCACGAGAGUCAAUAUCAUCACGGGAGUCCUCUUCAUCACGGGAGUCAUUAUCAUCACGCGAGCCAUUAUCAUCUGGUGAAUUAUUACCAUCUAGUGAAUCAUUACCAUCAAGUGAGCCAUUAUCAUCUGGUGAAUCAGUACCAUCACGCAAGCCAUUACCAACAGUUGAAUCAUUAUUCACACCCGAAGUAUGCGAAAGCAUUACGAAGAGUUUACUACAUUCGGCUGCGGUGGCAAUGAGGGAAUCUAAUCUAAGGGAGGAAGCUAGAAUUCGUGAACGCCGACAGCGCUUCAUAGAUAGACGAGGUCCGAAGGACCCUAACGCACCGAUGGACUUUUUCGAACUCAACCAUUUUUACCGACAGCUGGUCCCUUUGCCUCAGCCAAGACUGUGGGAUAACCCCUACCGUUAUUACCUCUAUCGGAUACAAAGACUCCGAGAGGAGUCGGUAAAAAAAACCGCUGCCCCAGCUCGUUCACAGCCGAUGGUAAUGUACAGGAAGAGAGAUAUUUUGAAUCUUGAGGCAAGUCUCCGAGGUUUCGGUUGGCCGAAUAGAUCGGAAAUCAGUUGCGACAUUGAUGAUCAGAAAGACAAAAACUUCAGUCAUUAUGUAUCAUUGUGAAUUAAAUUUUUUUUCCAGGAACAGUGCAGCGAUUGCGACUUCGAGAAACCUUAUCUCUAUGAUUGCCAAAGUGAUUGAUGACGAAUUACCUCACCGACAACUGACUAAAUACUUGAUUUUCGUAACAAUAACAAGUGUUUUAUAAAUUUGUACAUAUAACGCGUAUUUAAGAAAUGCAAUUUUAAUGUUAAAAUAUUUUUUCUAUUGACUAGUUGAUGCACGGAUCAGUAAUAUUUGCAAAUGUUUAAAUGUAUAUGAAUAAAUAAUCUAAUUGUCAAUUAAUAA